AGGAAGAAGAAACAAUAGAGGAUUUUAGGCCAGAGCUGAGAAUGCGAGCCAUGGAUGCAUGAUGCCGCUGCGCGAGCGACGUGUCCGCAGGUGACUCACCUGCGUGAACCGGCCGCGUGCUCGCGCUUGUGCAAGUCAUGCAGAAUAAAUUCGUCGCGUCCAGAGCAGUGCGCAAAGAAGCAGCAUAUGGAUCCGGAAUGGAAGAGUAGCUGAUACCUACACCUGAUUCGUGCAUGCCAUGGGGAACUGCUGGGCUCAAUGUUUUGGGCUCUUUAGAAGGGAAGCAAACAGGAUACAGAGAGGAGGAGGGUCAAAGUACUUCAGAAGCAGCACAGCUGGGGAACACUAUACCGUUGAGUUUGAGAACCUUGUGGAGAGCGAUGAGGGUGAGAGCUCACAAAGCUGCCCCAGACCCAUCAGCGAUGAGGAGAUCAGUCACUUGAAGGAGCAUCGCUAUGCUGCCAUCUCAGACAAACAGGCGCUGAUUGACGAAAAGCUGAAUGCAGAGUUAUUGGCAGAAGAGGAGAAGUUAAGGCUAGAAGAGGAGGCUGUUUUUGCAGCCCAGCGCGAAGCAGCGCGGCUCACUAUGGAACAAAAGCUAAAGGAGGACAAAGUGUCAGAUGCAGAGUUUGAGGUGUACCUGCAGAGUGUGAAGGCUCAAUCUGAAGCCUUUCGCAGUAACAGACUCAGCUCUGAGACGAAUGUAGUGACCCCAAACACAGAGAGCAGCUGGGACUUCACCAGUAAGACUGACGCCACCUCACUGGACCUGGAGUGGGAGGAUGAGGAGGGAGUGAACCGGAUGGGACCUGCAUGGGAGCGUUCCAAAACAGAGGAGGACAUUUUACGGGCGGCACUUCGUCCCGGCGGGAAACAGCUGGACAGUGGCCCCACCUCUGAGGACUCCAACGCUUUGGAGUGGGAGAACGACUUUGUAAGUGCACAUCCCGAGGACAGCGGUGACCAUGCCGACGAGGACUUUGAGGGAUUUGUUAAUCCAGUACUGGACACGCCCACUGAGGAGGCGGGGCAUAAGGCCAGCUCUGACGAACAAGAGAGAUAGUCCACAGCAAAAGACAGUGAGACUACAGCAACUUCAAAUGCCUCAUUCAGAUUCAGUGUGAUAUGAUUGCAGACGGUCCCUUUAACCUAAUAGAACCGUAACCUAAUAAACUAAACCCAUAAUUCUCAGUGUAGGAGAAAAUACAAGGAACAGAAAUGCUUCAAAUGAUUUCUGCUUUGUCAUUAUUGGGUGAAUAUCAUGAAAAUAUGAGUCAUGAUCUAUCCCAAAACAUUAUAUAUAUACACACACAC